AUGUCUUCGUCGUGCUUUAGUGACAAUUCAAAGUCAUUUAAUGGCCAAAUGAUGAUUGAUUCUCAUUCAAUUGAGCGUUUUGUUAUUGAAAAUCCUUUAUUAUUUCGAAUUUGUUGCUGUUGUCUCGUACGAAGACGAAAACGUGUCGACACAGCCAAACAGAAUGGAAUAUCUAAUCAUGUGAAUGGCCACACACUCAACUCUUCUUCUUUAAAUAUUGACAACAUUGAGCUUGCAAAAGAGUCACCAAUUAUUACAUCGUCGGAAAAUGCGAAGCAAAAUGGAAAUGAAUUGACGAUUCAGCCGCUAACAACAACCAUCAGUUUGGUGGAGAGUGAUGAUACAAGAAGUGAACAGGAUGUCGUUAAGACUCAACCUAAGUCAAGAAUAUCAGAAGAUAUCGAUAACAAAGAAAUGGUUGAAAAUUAUGUUGAAGAACAAACAAGACGAAUAAGUGGAAACAAAAGUAACAGCCACAUUCUUGAAAAUUUCAUGGAAGAACAAAUAAGAAAAACCAACAGUCACAUUCUUUCCGACAACGAUAACAAUCAAAAUUCCUUCAACUCUACACCAAUGCACCUAUCAAAAGAACCUACCUCAAGUGAAAUUGCACAUGUUAGAAAUGAAAUUGCGCAAAUUCAAUCAGUGAUUGAAAAUGUUCGAAUGGAAAUGGUGCAGAUUCAAAAGCAACAAGCAUUUACAACAUCACCAAAGCAUCAAACAUCAAGACCGAAAUCGGUGACUUCAAGUAAAACUUUUGAUAAUGACGAUGUUGAUUUACCACCUCCAAGACCGAAGACGUCAAUGGAUUUUGUGACCAUUGAGGAAGUUGAACGCAACUCAAAUCCGAAAAUAUCAUCAAGACCAACUACACCGAAGUCGAUUCUUAAACCCGAGAGUCCUUUUCAUCGUGUUGUAACACCAAAACCUGAUGAUGUUCUAGACGAUAUUCAAACAUUGGAUUCUCCUUAUGAUUCCACAACAGCAGCUCGUCUUGAAGAUGUCAUGAUGUCUCAUGGCUUAGAUGAAAUCGAUGAAAGUGCAAAUCAAGAAUGUUUCGAACCAUUGACUGACUCACAAGCAACAACAAGUAAAGAUAAUGAAGCUGAAGAUGAUAAUGAAACAAUUGAUGUUGAGAAUAUUGAAUAUCAACAAGCAUUUUCACCUCAACCUCCCGAAGAAAUUACGAUAACAAUUCAGCGAUCUCCAAGUAGAGUUAAACGUCAAGCACCUUUGAAGAGAAAUCAUAAAGUCACGCCAGUAAAGAAUCCAAUGCCAAACAUCAACCAACCUUCUCAAGUUCCUUUGAUGUUACGUCACAACAGUAAUAAAGUAGCAAACAGUCAUCUCUUUCCACCUUCACUAAGGAGAUUUGAGCGACCUAAAGAUGCAAUACAAACUUGUUUGAGUCAACUUGAUAGUUCAAGUUGGGAGAAUGUUAUGGAUGGCUUGGUGAUUUUUGUUCGUUUGAUUCGACAUCAUCCUGAAUAUGUCGACACGCAAAUUCAUUUAUUGACUAUUGCACUCGCCAAGCAUGUUAAGAAUCUCAGAUCACAAGUUUCAAGAGCUGCUUGUUCAGCUGCAAGUGAAUUCUUUAUCACAAAUGCGAAAGCAUUGGAUGCUGAUGCUGAAGAGCUAGCAUCAGCAUUGUUGAAUCGAACAGCUGACACAAAUAAAUUUCUUCGGGCAGAUGCUUUGAAAGCACUCGAAUCAAUGUGCGAUGCGCUUCAUCCAAGUAAAGUUGUUUUGAUUUUAACAUUUCGUGGUGCAACUCAUCAGAAUGCCGCCGUACGUUGUACAACUGCAAAGCUUUUGUGUCAAUUGGUUUUCCGGGUUGGCUGUGAUAAGGUUUUUAAUCUUCAUAAAGAUAUUCGUGAUCGUUUGAUUUUGACAGGCGCUAAUCUUCUCAUGGAAGGAAGCUUGGAAACAAGAAACUACACUAAAGAACUCUUCAAGCAGCUUUCAAUUCACAGUCAUUAUCAAAAAUUGCUUUUAGAUGUCAUUCCACCGAAUAUCUAUCGAAAUAUUGAAAAGUCCUUGAAAAGUAUUCGUUGA